AUGGGUCGUGCGGGCCUCAAAAUUCUUCUUUCGUUGCCCCUGCGCUCGCCUGCUGGGGACGGCCUCAUGAGCGACAACGAGAGAGCGAUCCAGCUCUUCACGACGGCGCUGGCGUCUACGAAGGGCGAUGAGCGCCGAGCGCAGAUCCUGCACCAGCGCUCGGCGGCGCACGCGCGGCAGGGCGCCUGGGAGGCCUCGCUCCGCGAUGCGCAGCAGGCGGUCGAGCUCCGGCCGGACUGGGCCAAGGCGAGGUGCCGCGCGGGCGCCGCGCACUACGGGUUGGACCAGCUCGACGCGGCCGCCGCAGCCUACGAGGAGGCGCUGCGGCUGUGCGAUAGCGGCGACGCGGAGCUGGCAGACGGCGCGCGGGCGGCGCUGAACGACGUGCGGGCGAAGCAGGCGCGACUUGCCACCGACGCACAGCUGUCGCCGCACGUGCUCGGCUUUGCGCAGAGCAAGACGGCCGGCGCGAAGCUGCUCGCACAGGGCAGGUACGCGGAGGCGGAGCAGGAGUACGAGGGCGCUUUGCGGGCCAUGCGCGCUGCCUUGCAGGAGCUGCCUGCGGAGGCGAGUGGCGGCAUGAGGGCCACCAUGGAGGCGCUCGAGCGAGGGAUGCGAGAGGAGCUUGCCGCCGCGAAGAAGCGCGCGGCCGGGAGCGAGUGA